GUUCUAGUCGCACUGUCAGUCGCAAAUCCAACAGCAUGUCCGGGUGGGGAGAGAUGACCAGGAGCUCCGAGAGCUACAGAUCCGAUCUACCCCCGGCCCCGGCUCCUACACGCACACAUACAGCCGCACAUGUCAAGGGUCAACAUCUAAUAUGAAGCAGGGUGAUGAAGUCGCUUUUCUACCAUCGAUCGUCGAAGCGGCCGAGUCGUCGCCGGCCGCCGCCGCAGAAUGCGCCCGCUUGAUCCGGAAAUACCUACAACGCGACUACUGGUCUAAACCCUCAUUGCAAUACAACGCCAUCAUGCUCAUACGAAUCCUUGCCGACAAUCCGGGUGCGACCUUCACGCGAAACAUGGAUAAGAAGUUUGUCGAUACCACCAAGGAGCUGCUCAGGUCGGGGAAGGACGGCAAUGUUCGGCAGAUGCUCAUGGAAACACUGGACGCCUUCGAAAGCACAAAGGGCUACGAUGAGAAUCUGCAACUGCUUAUCGAGAUGUGGAAAAAGGAGAAGGAAAAGGCAUACAGGGUCUACGGCCACCGCUUUUCCUCCCCCCCACCCCAACAGUACAGCCCCUACCUAUCACACCAGCAGUCACUUCCAAACCAGCAGGAAUACUUCCAACGCACUCACCACACCCCGCGACUUCCGGACCCCGUCGAACUCGCCAACCGGCUCGAAGAAGCCCGCACCUCCGCCAAGCUUCUCGAGCAAGUAGUCGCCUGCACGCCUCCUCAAGAAAUCCUUUCCAACGACCUGAUCAAGGAGUUCGCGGACCGAUGCACGAGCGCCUCGCGCAGCAUCCAGGAGUACAUGUCCGCGACGGACCCUGCGCCCGACAACGACACGAUGGAGAGCCUGAUCGACACCAACGAGCAGCUGCAGCAGUCGCUCAACCACCACCAGCGCGCGGUGCUCAACGCCAAGAAGCAGCUAGGCAUAGGCUCCCCCGGCUCCGAGAGCGUAAGCAGACCGGGCUCGGUGGCGCCGGGAGUGAACGAGCAGAGCCGGCCUCCUCCGGCGGUGGCGGGCACGAGUUAUAAUAGUAGGAACGAAGGCGUCCAGGACUGGUUGGCAAGUAGUAGCGCGGCUGCUGCAGGCGGAAGCGGAAGUGGCCAGGGCGCUUCUGGCGCCGGCGCCAGCAGCAGCAGUAGGGGGAAAGGCAAGGCGGUAGCUACCUCGUCUGAUGAUAACUGGGGUUUGAGCGACUACAAGUACGAGCCCAUUUCUGCGUCCGGAGCUGCCGCUGGGCCUUCGAGAUCGCACACGGGAACGCCGUAUCGCGACGAGGAGGACCCGUUCAGGGACCCGUUCCAGCCUGAUUCCUCGGCGUCUUCGAUGCGGCGAGUAGUCCAACCGUCGACGUUGAACACGACGAAUGUGGGAAACAAUGACGAGAGGUUGUCGUUUGAGCCAUACCACCCUGGAUUUGGUGGCGGUAGCAACAACAACAACAACUUGAAUAGCACGAGCGCCGGGAAAAGCAACAAUGACAACUACAGCUAUAACUCAUCGUCGGCCUACGAUUACAGAGGAAAUGGAGGAGGUUCGGGGUCAGGCGCUGGCGCUGGCGCUGGCGCUGGGAAUGCAAGCAAUUCGAUACCAGAACCUGUCACGCCGGUUAGUGACGAUGGGUUGUACGGUAGUGGAGAUGUGCAUCGCUCGACUGGGGUCCAGAGAUGAUGUGUUCAACGGUACCAGGGCUGCUGGCGAAUAAAUAGAUGAUGAUAGCUACCCUUUCCUCUGCCCGUCGUCAUCGAUAGGCUGGGAUCUUGGGGGAAAAAGCUAGGACAAGUUGGGAACAGGACGCGGCUCUGGGAGGAGAGCACCGGACGGAACGAGGGAACGUGGUGACGAGCUGGGUUAGGU